AUGAUGUAGAAUGUGCCUUAAACAGGCAUGAAUUAGUAAGAACAAAAGCGAAGAGGUCAGUCUUCCAACAGAAAACAAGCCAUUCAAAACAUUCCCCCGAACCACUAGUCCAGAUAGAUUCAAAACCAUAAUAUGUAAAGAGGCUAGAGUGGAAGGAACAACUCAAUGGUAAAAACAAAUUUGCAGAUAGUUGGAGGGGGAACAUCCUCAACCAAGGGUCAAAAUGUGUCUUCAGAGCGAAAGAAGGGGAGACAGCAAUCAAUGGGCCAGAAGAACCACAAUAUGUCUCUAGGAGGAGACCAGCCUUCACUGAGUACAGUAUACAAUGAGCGACCAAUGGCCAGCCAGUCCAACAGAUUCAGAAUAGCCUAGCCACCAGCAACCGCUCUAGACGUAUCUGGCAAGUAUUGGAAUGUCAUUUCAAACCAUAUUAAUGUAGAGAAAAACUUCGUCCAGCAGAAACUUUAAUCCUAAAGAUUUGGGACUAUCAUGGCUGGACAGUCAAGCAUGUUCGGUUUUGAAAACCCACUUAUGAUCAAUAACUAGCCAAGGCUUCCCAUUACAUCCUAGAGAUAACCUGUGGUUGGAUCUAAUUUUGGACAAGCAACUACACGAACUUUAGAGCCAGGCAAUCUACCUGGAUUAUCAAGCAUACCUAGCGAGAAAGAUAUGCUUAGACUAACUCAGACUCCAAUGAUGGGAAUAGGAUUGAAAAAUGAGCUUGAUUAAUUUCAAAGACCAUUUAACUUUUUAGCCAAUCUAGGAGGCAAAGAAACUUCCUCAAGCAGAUUUACAACCAGAAUCGAUAAGAACUUACUUAAAAAUAACAAGACCUUAGCUCACUAACCUAUAACUACUCUUAAUCCUAAGGACAACUCUCAAAUCAUAGUGGACAAUACGACUGAUUUUGUCACAUUUAAUCAAUCUAAGAACGUGCAAGACCUAAUGACUAUAAAGGAUAAGAGCCUCAGAGGUGGACUCACUAAUGAAAAUGAUCAAACCAAACAAGGAUAAAUCACCAUAUUUACUGAUAUGAAUGUUGAUAAGCAUGAGUUUGACAUCAGAGAGAAAAGGAAAGCUUAGAGAGCAACCUCAGCAAUUCAAAGACCUUAGAGUACAUAUAGAUCAUAGAAAAGCACAAUGGGUCUGUAAUAGACCAUAAGUAAAGCUACUCUAUAGCAAACUAGACCAAUAUCUGGACUUAUGCCAUAGACUCAUUCUUAAAAGGUAUUGCCUCAGAUGAUUUAAUAAAAUGGAGUACCACCUUUGAAUUAGCUCAACAAACUCUAGAAAGACUUUAAGAUCAGCAAUAACAAGAGACCAUUCUCAGCUAAUCCUAAGUAUCUGCAAAUAGCUGGUUUUAACAGGCCAAUCAGUGCAGCUAUUAAAAUGGGUAAGGUAGCAAACGCUCAUGAAAGUAUCGAUGAUGAGGAUGAAGAUGAUGAUGAAGAUGAAGAGGAAGAUGAAUAUGUGGAUUUGAAUAUUUACGAAGUUCCAGAGGAGGACAGAUUCGGUGGGAACAAGAACAAAGACAACAUUGAGACUGAGUCAUUCAGUUAUCGUAUUAUGAACUCAAGACCCACUACUGCUUACAAAAAAGAGAAAAACUUUGAUUUGCCUUUCCCUGAGUUAUUUGACAGAUCCGAAUGA